AUGCAUGUAAUGAUUUUCCUAUGUGUUUUGUCUGCCGUGUUCAACAAGAGCAUGUUGAGCUUUUUCGAAAAAAACCUUACUUUGGCCAUGCCCCUUUUUAGCUACAUCGAUGAGAACGAACAACUCCGAGGCCCAUUCGAAGGAGUGCAGAUGCAUUACUGGUAUCUAAAAAAAUAUCUACCACCUACGUUACACAUCUUUGUCCAUUAUGGACUAUAUGGGCGAUCAACUACAUUAGAAGAGCUGAGAGAAAGAAAUGGUGAUUUGAACCCGUUCUUUGAGCUUGUAACUUUGAGACGAGGCAACCCUUACAAACCAUUAUCGUCCAAUUCAAACUCGCACUCCUCGCUGUCAUAUGGUUCAUUUAGCAAAAGCUCCCUUACCUAGUUCAUCGACCCCGGGACUGAAGAUCAGAAACAAUAGCAACGACUUAUCCUUCAUCUCAUAUUUUUCAGAUGACAACACAAAUAGAACUCUUCAUUUCAUUUUCAUCAAAUACGUUCGAGGCGUUCUAUAUAAAAUCAAACAAUG